GAUGUACACAACUAUGGAGGGCCAAAUUGGACGACAUUUAAUUAUUAUUAAUUACUUAAAUGUGUAAUCAAUUAAUUACCCUACAAAUAAACCAUGAAAUUACUAAAUUAAUAAUGAAUUAAAUCGUGCAAUAAUUCAGUCAUGAAAAAAAUGAAUGAAACAAUUACAUAACUAAUUAAACACAUGUCUGCAUUUGAUGUCACAUUUCAGUAUGACUUAAAGAUGAACUUAUUCAUUUAGUUUUGUCCCAUUUGGGCCCCCAUACACAAAAUGAGUCUUUUGGCCGCGCGGGCAUUUGUGCGUAAAAAGCGGCACCGGAAGUGAUGUCAUGAUUAUUAUUUGUCCUAUUAAACCUCCUAGCAGCCAAUCCUCCACCACAGCACCACACCCCCACCACCCCUGUCAUCAUCAUCAUCAUCAGCAGCAUCAUCAGCAUCAUCAUCAUCAUCCCACUGACAUGCGCACUCGGCACCGGCGGCGCAUCCACACCAGCCUCGCUGCUCCGCGGCGCUUAUUUCAUUCGCUCCUCUCCCACCGGACCGGAGGCUGCCGGUCGCUGCUCGCCGAGGACGGAGGGGCCCAGGCGGAGAGAGAGCGACAUGUCCCGGCGCAAGCAAGCCCAGCCGCAACACCUCCGGGGCGGCCAGGAGGAGCGACGAGGCGGCCUCCUCCUCCUCCUCCGCCGGGAUCAGCACGGCUCGGAGCAAGGCGGGGAGCGAGAGGACUGCACCAGCGGGACUGGAAGUCUCCCCCGUGGCGAGGACAUGCACGUUUGUGACAAAUGCUGCGCUGAGUUCUUCACUUGGGCCGAACUGCGGGAGCACCAGACGUCCUGCGCCGAGGAUCGCGCCGUUUUGAUCAUGAGGGACAGCGAAGGGAUGCACUUUGACGGGGAACCUCUCUCUCCCGUCCCCAGCGUAGUGUCCAGUUACUCGUCUGCGGGGGACGCCGGCUUUGAGCUGGGAGAAACAGUCGUGACCGAUAAUGACAGUCUGGAUAAUGCAGAGGAAGGGCUGGAUGAAGCCAUGGAGCUUGGACAUGACCCACGGGACAAACACGCAAUCACCUCCAGCCCUCCGCUGCCAGAAUCCACCGUACCCACCCUGGUUUCAGCCACUUACAGCAUACCCAGCACCAAUGUGACUCUGGAGAUCCUUCAGAGCACCAGGGUGGCCGUCGCCCAGUUCUCCCAGGCGGUCGGCAGUAGCGUCGCUGGAGGGAAGGCCGCUUCAGCUGCCAUCCCCGUCAUUCUGGAGCACCUGCUCGCUCUGCAGCAGCAGCAAGUCCACCAGCUGCAGCUUAUAGAGCAGAUCUGCAGCCAAGUCGCCACUAUGAACAGGCAGCCAAGCCAGGGGGCGUUAAACCCAGUCUCCAGACCCCUGCCCAUCGCAGCUAACCCCUUCCCUUCAUCGAACCCCAUCUUGCCGCUGUCAGGAAGUACGCCCUCUAAUGUCAAUGACCAGGCUGCUGUUUUAGUCUCUGAAAAGUCACAAAGUCUCCCCUCAGAAACUAUAUGCAAGCAGUCGGUCUUUAGAGAUGCUGUAUGUUCUUCUGUUUCUUUUGAAAAUUCAACUCCAUUGCGCUCCACUUGCAGCAACAUCUCUGCACUGAUGUCUCCAUACACUGGCUUGCAUGCAAGCAACAUUAGCAGCUCUCAGACCCUGAGCUCCCCUAGUCCUCUCACCCUGGGCUCCCCCACUAGCUUCUCCUUCUUGCCUCAGAGCCCCCCCAGCAGCGUCAUCUUCCCAAAUCCCUUGGCCAGCAUCGCGGCCACGGCCAAUGCGCUUGACCCCCUUGCAGCCCUGAUGAAGCACGGGAAGGGGAAAUCACAGAAUGUGUCUUUGUUCGAAAGCAAGCCCGCCCCAGAGGAGCCUUUUUUCAAGCAUAAAUGUCGUUUUUGUGCCAAAGUGUUUGGCAGCGACAGCGCCCUGCAGAUCCACCUGCGCUCCCACACUGGAGAACGGCCCUUCAAAUGCAACAUCUGCGGCAAUCGCUUCUCCACCAAGGGCAACUUAAAGGUGCACUUCCAGCGGCAUAAAGAGAAGUAUCCUCAAGUUCAGAUGAACCCUUACCCCGUACCAGAGUAUCUGGACAAUGUGCCAACCACCUCUGGGAUUCCCUACGGAAUGUCUGUUCCCGCAGAAAAACCUGUCUCUUCGUGGUUGGAUAGCAAACCUGUCAUUGCAACCCUGCCUGCCUCCAUGGGUCUUCCACUCUCCUCCACAAGAACCAGCAUGGGGGGCUUCAGUGAGCCUUCAAGUGUAGCACCAUCUGUUCCGUCCGUCUGCCAGCCAGCUUCUGCUGAGUGUGUGUCACCAUGCUGGAGAGGCUGUGAGGCUCGUUCGUCUCCACUUUUAGAGAAUCGGCUGUCACACCAUGAACUAGAAGGGUGUAAUAUUCUCAAAACAGAGGUGGUGCACCUGCCUCAAAGCUGCCCCCAGAUUCUAAGAGGCACUCCAGCAACCAGCAGCGCGAUACAAUCUAUAGCCUCCACGCCUGAACCUGUGGCAUCAGCGUCCCCUGCCUCCAGCUCCCCCUCGCCCGUACCAGUAAAUCCAGAAGAGGUCUCACUCUCCCCCGGUGACCCUCUGAACGCUAUGCAAACCUCGGAAACCUCAAAGCUCCAGCAGCUUGUGGAGAACAUUGACAAAAAGAUCACAGACCCCAACCAGUGUGGCCUGUGCCACCGUGUUCUCAGUUGCCAGAGCGCUCUGAAAAUGCACCACCGCAUUCACACGGGCGAGAGGCCCUUCAAGUGCAAAGUGUGCGGCAGGGCCUUCACCACCAGGGGCAACCUGAAAACUCACGUCGCUGUUCACCGAGAGAACCCGCCCGUCCAGGUGCAGCACUCGUGUCCCAUCUGCCAGAAGAAGUUCACCAACGCCAUAGUCCUUCAGCAGCACAUUCGCAUGCACAUGGUCGGGGAGACUCCAGAGUCGGCGCUGCUGGACAGGCUGCAGGAGUUUGAUGGAGAUAUGAAUGAGAUUAGCUUUGAUAGUCCCAGCAGUAAUGACCAAGACCUCACUGAUGAUGUUUCCAUGGAGUAUGAUGAUGAAGCAGAGGAAGUACAUGAUGUAGAAAAUGGGGCAGUGUUCAAUUCCCCUAAAUCCUCACCUCCUGCUGAAAACCAAACAAGUCUGAUUGACUCCACAAUGAACCUCAGCACUUGCUUUGGCCGUAAAUCCUUUACAAACGUCUACAACGACUACGGUCAGCUGCAAAUUAAAUGCUCUGUGACGGAGAAAGAGAUGGAGAACCUGGGUGAACACAGCCCUGCAACUCCGCCUCUAUCGCCAGUACGACUGGCUGUAAACCACAGGAUAGACUCUCAACAACAUUUUUUUGCCUCUGUAAAGAAAGAACAACUGCAAUCUCCUGCUUCUGUACUCUUGGAAAUAAGAGAGACGCAACCCACCAAACUGUGCGCAAAAGAAGAGAGGACUUACUGCGCAUCCAUCCAACCAAGACAAAUAGGGCUUCCCAGCCUGACCAACGCAUCUUCCAGGUCGAUAAAAAUGGAGGUGAACAGUCACACCGAGGGCCAGCACCCAUCUUUUGGUGUGCACAUUUCAACAACCUAUCCGUCGGUCACCAGCCCAGUAAUAUCCUCCCUGCUUGGUCCGGCGCCCCCUCGCCGCACACCCAAGCAGCACAACUGCAACGUGUGCGGGAAGAACUUCUCUUCGGCCAGCGCCCUCCAGAUCCACGAGCGCACGCACACCGGAGAGAAACCAUUUGUCUGCUCUGUCUGCGGCAGAGCCUUUACCACCAAAGGCAAUCUGAAGGUUCAUAUGGGAACGCACAUGUGGAACAACACACCAGCCAGAAGGGGCAGGCGGCUAUCCGUGGACAACCCCAUCGCACUCCUGGGCGGCGACGCCAUGAAGUUCGGAGAAAUAUUCCAGAAGGACCUGGCUGCCAGAGCUAUGAACGUAGACACAGGGUUUUGGAGCCGCUACGCCAGCGCCAUAACCAACAGCCUGGCCAUGAAGAACAAUGAGAUCUCGGUGAUUCAGAACCGAGGGAUCUCGCCGCUUCACCCGAUGACCGCAGUUGCGGACAGAAUGAAUGCUGCAGCCAAUCCAAUGGCAAGUCUGUCCAAAAACGGCAUGGAACUGGGAAACAGCAGGCAUUUUUCUAUGCUGAUUGACGACAGUAAAGAAAUUGGAAUCAACUGAUGCAAUCUAUUAUGGACAUUAAAAUACUUGUCAAACAUCUUGUUUCCUCUUAUAUAUAUAUAUAUAUUACACAUAGUUUUAUUAAUUGAGAGACACUGGAGUAGGGGAAUCACAUUUUGCUGUCUUACUUUGCAUUGCAUCGAUCCGUUGUGGUGAAGAAGGAGCUGAGCCGGAAGGCAAAGCUCUCAAUUUACCGGUCGAUCUACGUUCCCAUCCUCACCUAUGGUUAUGAGCUUUGGGUUAUGACCGAAAGGACAAGAUCACGGGUACAAGCGGCCGAAAUUAGUUAUGAGUUUCCUCCGCCAGGUGGCGGGGCUCUCCCUUAGAGAUAGGGUGAGGAGCUCUGUCAUCCGGGAGGAGCUCAAAGUAAAGCCGCUGCUCCUCCACAUGGAGAGGAGCCAGAUGAGGUGGUUCGGGCAUCUGGUCAGGAUGUCACCCGGACGCCUCCCUAGGGAGGUGUUUAGGGCACGUCCGACCGGUAGGAGACCAUGGGGAAGACCCAGGACACGUUGGGAAGACUAUGUCUCCCGGCUGGCCUGGGAACGCCUCGGGAUCCCCUGGCAGGAGCUGGACGAAGUGGCUGGGGAGAGGGAAGUCUGGGCUUUCCUGCUUAGGCUGCUGCCCCCGCGACCCGACCUCGGAUAAGCGGAAGAAGAUGGAUGGAUGGAUGGAUGGACUUUGCAUUGUUUUUGUUGAACAAUUACCUGAGAAUCCAUUUAGCGCUGAGAGGGACGACUGCUCGGAACAAGGGAACAUACUGAUUGUUCCAAUCAAUAAUGCAAAAAGUCAACGCUCCCUCCUCUGGACAGCUGCCCAUUGCUGCUCGCUGGUUCGACGCUCAUCAUAUGCUGCUCUGUCUGGAAAUCGGUCUUCCUCAACCUACAUUGGGACAGACUAAAACAGUCAGAAUGCUCAGCGUAGUACCUCUAAGAUCUUUCUGGACCGUGUAUUCAAAAGUUCCCUGCAAAUUUGACUGUUGAUGCCAGCUUUAAAGUUUUUUGACAUUAAACGUUCUGCUGCAAU